UAAGCAAUGAUGCCACACGUAAACUCAUCAGAGAACUACGUCAUGUAAACAUGUUGGUAGGAAUCUGUGAACCAAAAUCAUUUUGCUAAUGAUGUGAGUAAUGUUGGAGUGGAGUUUGAAUGUUGCAAGUGAUGAUUUCACCCUUCAACUUAAGCAUAGAGUCUCUUAGAAGUGAUAUGGAAUUUUAACAUGAUUUCAACAAAUAUUGUGGGGCCUAAUUUUCCUGGUUGAAAAAGAAAGUGUCCAAAUUUGUGAGGAGAAUGUGUAGAAUAUUAACAGAACCGUAUAGUAUACCCACUACAGGCACAGCUCCCGCUACCCCUUCUCGUGUUUUGAUUUCUGAAAUUACAUCUCAUAUUUGUUGUUGUUAUCCUCUUGUACUUUUGUUGACAUAGGUGAGAUCUUGUUUUAUAGGCGGUCUUGCAUAAGAGUUGAUUACUGGGGUAGGUCAUAGAGGCUAACAUAAUAAAAGGGCACUAUUGUUCAAAGUUCAAACCUCAAGAAGCUAACUAAGCUACACAUACCUCACCAUUUCAUAUAGUUCUGUUCCCCUCAAAUGGAGGCUAAUGCUUGCACUAUGCAUUCCCAUUGCUUAGAAAUGACCAUGGAAGUGCACCAAGUUGUUCCACCACCCCACAAGAGUACCCUACAGAAACUUAAGGCCAGACUCAAGGAAACCUUUUUUCCUGAUGAUCCUCUGCGCCAAUUCAAGGGACAACCUCUUAAGAGAAAGCUAAUCCUUGGAGCUCAAUAUGUGUUUCCUAUUCUUCAAUGGGGUCCUAAGUACAACCUUAAACUCUUUAAAUCUGAUCUUGUUUCUGGUCUCACUAUUGCUAGCUUGGCCAUCCCACAGGGAAUAAGUUAUGCUAAGCUUGCAAGUCUUCCUCCAAUUGUGGGACUUUAUUCUAGUUUUGUUCCCCCACUUGUUUAUGCUGUUCUAGGAAGCUCAAAGGACCUAGCAGUAGGACCUGUUUCUAUUGCUUCUCUUGUGUUGGGAUCCAUGCUGAGACAAGAAGUGUCUCCCACAGCAGAACCUGUUCUGUUUCUUCAGCUAGCUUUUACUUCAACGUUAUUUGCUGGUCUCUUUCAAGCUUCUCUUGGAAUCCUUAGGCUAGGCUUUAUCAUUGAUUUUCUAUCUAAGGCCAUCCUUAUUGGAUUCAUGGCUGGAGCUGCUAUAAUUGUCUCACUGCAACAGUUAAAGAGUCUGCUUGGAAUCACACAUUUCUCAAAUCAGAUGGGGCUAGUUCCUGUCAUGAGUUCUGUUUUUCACAACAUACAUGAGUGGUCAUGGCAAACAAUCUUGAUGGGGAUUUGUUUCCUGAUGCUACUACUAUUAGCGAGACACGUUAGUAUCAGAAAACCAAAACUAUUCUGGGUCUCAGCUGGAGCUCCUCUUGCAUCUGUCAUCAUUUCUACUCUUCUGGUUUUUGCAAUUAAGGCUCAAAAUCAUGGCAUCAGUGUAAUUGGAAAAUUGCAACAAGGAAUAAAUCCUCCUUCAUGGAAUAUGUUGCUUUUACAUGGAAGUCACCUAGGCCUAGUCAUGAAAACUGGGAUUAUCACUGGAAUUUUGUCCCUCACUGAAGGUAUUGCAGUAGGAAGGACAUUUGCAGCUCUUAGAAACUACAAAGUUGAUGGAAAUAAGGAAAUGAUGGCAAUUGGAUUUAUGAAUGUGGUUGGCUCUUUCACUUCUUGCUAUGUUACAACAGGUGCUUUCUCUCGGUCAGCUGUUAAUAACAAUGCAGGAGCAAAAACAGCUGUGUCAAAUGUAGUGAUGUCUGUGACAGUCAUGGUAACACUCCUUUUUCUCAUGCCAUUGUUCCAAUACACACCUAAUGUCGUGUUGGGUGCAAUUAUAGUCACAGCGGUAAUCGGCCUCAUUGAUGUCCCUGCUGCUUGUAACAUUUGGAGGAUAGACAAAUUUGAUUUCCUUGUGAUGUUGGUUGCUUUCUUGGGUGUUCUUUUUAUCUCUGUCCAGGGAGGCCUUGCUCUUGCUGUCGGGUUAUCAACUUUUAAGAUACUCCUGCAAAUUACAAGGCCGAAAACAGUAAUGUUGGGAAAGAUACCAGGAACAGACAUAUAUAGAAAUCUUCACCAAUACAAGGAAGCUGUGAGAAUACCUGGUUUUCUUAUUUUAAGCAUCGAGGCUCCCAUCAAUUUUGCUAACAUUACAUAUCUCAAUGAGAGAACAUUACGAUGGAUUGAAGAAGAGGAAGACAGCAUAAAGGAACAACCAAGCCUUCGAUUUUUAAUAUUGGAAAUGUCAGCUGUGAGUGCCAUUGACACAAGUGGAAUCUCACUUUUCAAGGAGUUGAAAACAACGCUGGAAAACAAGGGUGUUGAGCUUGUGUUGGUCAAUCCUCUCUCCGAGGUCAUAGAAAAGCUGAAAAAGGCAGAUGAAGCUAAUGAUUUCAUUCGAGUAGAUAAUCUUUUCUUGACGGUUGGAGAGGCUGUAGCGUCACUCUCAUCAGCAAUGAAGGGCCAAUCAUCGACCAUUACGGAAGGGCUACACACAAUUGUCUCAUGUAAUUGAUAAAUAAAAACUGCAGAAUAUAUAAGCAAAAGUAAAAAAACGAAACAGAAGCAGCAGCAAGACAAGCAUAGAAUUUGCAUAAAAUCAAUCACUGUAACAUCAUAUAGUUUAAACAAUUAAAGUGAAAUGUAAUUUUGUCAUGUGUGGUUCUGAUUUUCCUCGCAAGCAUUGUGGUCAUAACUUAAAUGGGAACUACUUGUUGCUUGUUAAUUCAAUCGUUGAAGUUGAUUUUCAAGCAGUUUUCAACUCAUCUAAUUCAAUAAAACUACUUGCAAAGAUCA